CAGAGGAUUAAAUAAAUGGUUUGUUUAGAAACAGAAACAAUAUUUUUAAAUCAUUGUGUCCCGUUCCUCCUGCUUUCAGGUUCAUAAUUCACCUCUAAGAAUUAAAAUGAUGAGAAUGCUCUGAAAAGUUCAGAAAAUUCUGAGUAAUAUCAACAAUGCAUCUGACAGGCGAGGAUUUCUGGGAUAAAUGUUGAAUUGUGAAAUUAGUUUUACCUGGUAGAUGAAGAUGUAGAGGUUAAUAAUUAUACCUGGAAAAAUGUUCCUAAAGUGGAAAUACAUGAGAAGUUGCUACUAAAAAUAAAUCAGGAAACUGAUAGAAGGAAAACUUUCCAGACAGUGUUAAAAGAUUCUUUAUUAGAAAUAUGACAAUAAUUAAACAUUUUAAUGAUAGGCGUCUUAAAUAUUAAAGACAUUGUACAAAUACAGAAAAUCAGUUAAAAGAUACUUUAACAAAAUAAUAAAACCAGACGUAAACUCAGACCGCAUUGUUCAGUGUUUAUUUGCUUAAAACAAUCUUAUCUUUUCAGGGGACUUUCAACCUUUUUCAUUGAAAUUUGUUUAGAGUGACAACAGGAGUCAAGCUGUUUGACCUUUGACCGGCCAGAAGCUCGGCUCCUCAGCAGGAGAAACUCGGUCAGAGAAACGUUUUGCUGGAGAGCGUUCAGAUGACAUGAGUGGAAACGAGUAAUGAGGAGAAACAUGAACAUCUUUUACCCGUUCGUUUGGAUCCUGGACCUUUGUCAAUGGACUCCUUUCGAUUCAAAUCCAGUUGAUUGUUUUUUUAAAGGUGAGGUUAUAACGAUUUCAUUUUAGCGCUUUUUACUCUGAUGUACUUUUCCCGUUUCUAUUGCAGGACUGGUAGGAGCCUGUGGCGUUUCAGUCCUCUAUAAUCUGAUGAGAGUUUACAAUUUCAUUCUAGCAUGCAGUGAUCCUGACACCCAAAAUGGAGACAGACGGAGGUUGUCUUCCUCUAGAAAUCCUCUGAGGAGGAAAUGGAGAGCGGCGGUCCAGUUCUGGUGUCUGACUGGCGUCCUCUCUCUGGUGGGCUGCAGGGUUUCCUCUCUCAUCGUGCUGGAGUUUUCCCUCAGAGCCGUUUCUGCAAUGGCCUCCGCCCGACAGGACGGCGGGUCCAGAGGUCUGGAGCUGCUCCUGAUCCAGAGCCAGUUCUCUCUGGGCUGCAGCCUCACCUGCACUCUGGCCUUCAUCCAUCAGGGGGCGCUACACAGCUCCUUCGGCUUGCUCCUGGCCGCUGCGCUCAGCUGGGCAUUUGCGAGCUACAGCAGCGGUCUGUGGCGCCAUGUGGCCAGGCUGUUCCCGCUGCACAGGACCGAUGGUUACUGUGGGAAGUGCAUCAGUCUCCUAACCUCUGGACACACCAUGCUGGCCUCGCUGCAAAGAGUGGUUAUCUUGGCCUUUGGUACAGCAGCUGUGGCUUCCUCCACCACGGUUUACGAGCACUUUUUAUCGCAGAAGGAUGCGAUGAAGUUUUGGACUCUGCUCACUCUCUGCUACACCAUGUUGGUGGCCUACAACCAAGAGGAACAACAUCGGCUGAGCAUCACAGAGACCCUGCUGCGCACCGUGGUGCUGCGACUGGGAGGCCUGCUGGUUCUCAUGCUGGCAGUGGGAAACUGGACAGACGUUCUCCACAUCCUCAUCGCUUUUCUGGGAGAAGGAGUCUGUCUGCUGCCUUCUGAGGAUCUGCUGCAGGCCGCGUUAAAGGAAGAACGAGAACACAACCAGGACAAACAGAGGACCUGCCACAGAUCAAGGAUGGGAAUACAGUAGAAGAUGGUUAGCAAACACACCAUCGUGAGUCAGAGGAACGGGCUGAGCGCUUCUAGAAAUGCUCUGAAUUUAGUUUGGAAUUGGUGAGUGGUUUUUGAAAUAAAACAAAGUUCGGACAAGAAGGAGAAGGCGAUAGUUUUUAAUAUGUAGUUGGUAACCAAAAGGAAAACAUUUCUGUUUCCUUCCAAGCUGAAAGAAAAAUUUUAAAUCUCUUAUUUCUUAUAUCUUAGUCAAACUUCUUAUGGAAAUGCAAAAAGUUAUAAAAUACUGAAAACGUUCUGAAUGCAUAAACCAUCGGCUCGUGAAGCUCAACCUGUUAUACUAACUUACAGAAAAAUGUUAAUGUUUCAAUGAUGCCCAGAUUUAUUUUAGUAGAAGUCGUGACAUUUUUACACAAUUCACCUUUGAAUAUUUCUGCAGAAAAAGGAAAUCUUUAAGCAUACCGUCAGUGAAGUCUCGCUCUACCUCCAUGGUUCCCUGAUUGCUCCCACAUGUUAUCAACUUUUUCUCUACUACAUGAGCUCACAGGAAAACCUUUUAAUCUUAUUUCUUGCCCAGCAUCUUGCAGGUCCAGAUGCUUUCAUGAGAAACUUUCUCGUGAAAUAACAAUUUACAAGUUUUUUAGAAAUAAAAUAACGUGGGAUAAAGGAUUAUUCUAUCUUUCCAGGAGUAGCGGAUAUUACCACAGCUCUGAGUUAUGCUACUGUACAUUCAGUCGGUCAACUAAUCUGCCACCAUCGAUCUGAGGCGAAUUCUUCACCUUCCCAGGGAACAAUCGUUAUCAUACGUACAAACAGAUGUGGGGCUCCUUUUAUAACUAUGAUUUGUUUUCACUCAGAUGAGAAUCAUUAAGAAAAUCGCAAUGAGCAACUAAUGCAAUCUAAGGCUUCUGGGUCAUGAUUAUUGUAGCAAUCAAUUAAUCAGGUGUAAAAUAACUUCACAUUCUGCAGAUUUUUCAUUAAACCCUUUUUUGUAUAAAACUAUAAAUACAACAAGAGAACCAGGUGAAGUUAAAGCUCUGCCACUUUGGGUAUAAAAUAUUUACAGACGGGUAUAUUUUUUACUUAAAUGCAAAAUGUAUAUAAUUUUUGAACCUUUUUUGGUUUAAUUACUGCUCUGAGAAUGUCGUUCUUUCAGAAAUUGUUUUUUUUUUAAGUCUGUAUCCUCCAGUUGAUGAUUAAUCAAUGACUAAAUUAGUUAACAAUUAUUUCAAUAAUCAAUUCAUCACAUUUCAGCAAGGUGUAAAUCUGUUUCUGAUUAAACAACUGCAUGUUCCUACUUAAAAGA